GUGCAACACUUUUGUGGCUUUCUGAAUUAGAAAACCGACCUUCACAUGCUGCUCAACUAAACACCAGAGAUAUUAUUAUUAGCAUUAUAAUUAUUGUACGGAUUACUAUAUAGAUUGUGUUGCUUCUGGUUCUGAAAGGCCAAAGAAUAAAGUGUGAUUUUGAGCUGAUGUUCAACCUGACCCCAGAUCAGGGUCUUAAUGCUCGAUAGUGAAACCCUGGUUACACCUCUUCCUUAUUAAAGUAAUGAAAACAUGCGUUUCCUCUGGGUGUACUUGUGAUUAUCACCACUGGCAGAGUCGCUGUACUCUUGCGUGCUCACUUGUGUGCUGGCUGGGCCAGUUUCACUAAUGUACAAUCCCUGACGUCUCGUUUUAAUUCACUGGCUGGUGAAAGUCCGUUUUCCCAACCUGCCCAGAACAAUCAUUUCGGCAGCACCGGGAAACAUGAGAUGAAUCCAUUGUUGAUCCCCAAGCUGCCAAAACUCAAACCUGUGGACAUGAACAGAGGCGCGGGCUCCAAUCCUUUGCCUAAACCGCUCAUGGUCAAACCCAACUUCAUAGUUAACUCUAUGGAGACCAGAUUCAAUCCUCCGGUUUCUAGCAACAGGACCGAUAGUGAUGCCGUUGGAGCGAAGCUUCCCAAUCGAUGGAAACUGGAGAACGCUUAUACGCAAGCUCCCAUCGUAGCCGGAUCCCAGAGUCCUGCCAAACCGUCUGUUAUGCUCAAACCCCUUCUUCAUGAAAAGAUCUUUAAAGCACUGGAAACCACUGCUGGUGAUUUGUCGGUACCGAAAAAGAAGCCUCUUCCCGGUUUGUAUGUUUUAGGAAAGUGUCCCGCCAAACCACAGAGACCUCCGCUAGUUAACCUCAACAGGUUCAGAGGGAACGUGUCCAACAGCAGCGUCCCUGAGGAAAGUUUCUCUCUCCCACCUCCACCGCCUCCUGAUCGCCUGUCAAUCACGUCUGUGACUCCACCCCCUCCACCACCACCAGACUUCCCAUUCCCACCUGCCCCCCCUCCGAUGGAUGAGGAGGAUUAUUAUGACGAUACGGACGUCACGAACCGGACCGAGACUUCACUAGGUGAAAGCCACAAUGACCCGGAGGGAUCAGACGAGGAAAUGUACCAGGAUCUCGAUCACAACUGGCCAGAAAACAACAAGGAACCAAAGGAUGAAAAGAUGACAAAAGAAUCGAAGGAACUAAAGAAAAAGAUGGAAAAAGAAGAGAAGAAACGCUUUGAGCAGGAGAAGAAAGAGAAGAAGGAGAGAGAGAAAAAGGAGCAAGAGGCCAGGAAAAGGUUUAAGAUCAAGGGUCCUAUCGUGGUUCUUGAAACGGUGAAGGUCAGCGUGGAUCACAAGGGAGGAAAGAACAAGCUUCCACUGAAGCAGGGAGAGAGCAUUGAAAUAGUGCGCAAAACAGAAAACCCAAAGGACUUUUGGCUCGCCAGAAACCCUGAAGGCCACUAUGGUUUUGUGAAGCCUGACACUCUAGAUGUUGUGAGAAGCACAACGGACGGACAGGAUGUGUAUGAUGACGUGGGCGCUGAUGAAGACCUCAAUAAUGUACCAGAUGCUGAAUGUGAUGACGAUAUUUAUGAUUGUCCAGACGAGCAACAAGCUGAUUUCAGCUUUCCACCUCCACCUCCUCCAGACCUCACUGAAUUUAAUGAUGCUAUGGAUGAGACAUACGAUGACAUUCUUCAGACAGACUUCCCUCCUCCUCCGUCUCCUAAAAGCAACUUUCCAAGAUUCAGCUCAACAAGUAAGACAGAUGAGAUGGACCCAAAGAAAAAGAAGAAGUUUGAGAAGGAGGAGAAAGAGUUUAGGAAGAAGUUUAAAUAUAAUGCGGAAAUCCGAGUGCUGUAUCAAGCUACUGUUCUCCAGUCACUGUCUAUAAAGAAGUUUGACAAUAAAGACUUGCCAGUCAAGCCUGGAGAAAUCAUUGAUGUUAUAGUUCAUCCAGUAGGUGGCAAACUCAUCGGCCGGAACGGUGAAGGAAAAUUCGGCUAUGUGUCGAAUGCUAAUUUGGAGCUGGACAGCUCUAUUUACGACGAUGUUGGUGAUGAGUGCCUCUAUGACAAUGACUAAACAUGGAUAGACUCAUCCAGUGUGUUUUCAUCAUCUUUCAGCUUCCUUAUCUGUCAUUUAUUCUUUCAG